AUGGUAACAUAUCUCCCUCGCCCUGUCCUCACCUUCCUCAACUGCACCACCUUCUCCAGCCCCAUCCUCUGCCUUCACAAGAUGCUUAGUCCCACCUUCUGGCUCGCCGUCGUCGGCUUCCUCAUCAUUGCCUACUGUCUUAUCAAAAACAUCAAGGGCGGCGACGCCAUGAUUUACAACAUCGUCUUCAUCACGGCCGUCUCUUGGUUCCGCACACCUCCAUCAUUGCCUUCCCAAUCCGGCAACUACUCCUUCAACUACUUCAAAAAUGUUAUUGACGUUUACAAGAUCCAAUCCACCUCCGGCACUCUCAGCUUCUCCGGCAUCUCCUGUGGUUACUUCUGGGAAGCUCUUCUCACCUUUCUUUACAUCGACAUCCUUGACACCACCGAAACUCUCAACUCCAUGUCUCGCUUCACCUGCUUAGUUGACGACAACGGCCACUUCGAAGGCCAGUAUUUCGUGUUCAUGUCUGAGGCUAGAGCCAUCAUCACUAGCUCACUACGUGGCACUUCACCGGUGACGGCGCUUAUCGAGUUGUACACUGGGAUCAGAGAAGGUGGCCGGACUAGGUUGAUGGCGAUCAUUGUGGCUAGUUACUUCAUGUUGUCUUUCUUUUUCAUGUUGUUGCUGGAGUUAAUUCUGGCAAGGGUUGUGGGACCGCUGCUGGUGCUCGUCCGAGUUUUGAUGAUGAAGUUUGCGGUGGAGAUUGAUUGGGAGGACAUGAGAGAAGCUAUAUCGGCGUUCAUGACGUUGAUAUUAAUGCUGUUAACAUAUUCCAUAGCUUAUGUCAUGCCCCAGCCCCAUAGCUGGGCCCGUUGA